CCCUCCCCCACCCUCCACUCCCUCCCAGGGACCGCUGCGCCGAGCUGCUGGGGAGGGCGGCGGCGGCGGCGGCGGUAGCUGUACUUUUCUGGGCUCUGGUUGGAGCAAGAUUCUGGUGUGCGCGCGGUGGAGCCGCUGGAGCCCGAGGGACCGGUUGGCUAAGGGAGAGAGGGAGGAGGGAAUCCCGGGCUGCCGAGCUGCGCCUGCUGGGAAGUCCUUGCGUUCCUUGCGCGUCGAACUGAGCCCUGGGCGAGUAGGGCGGGGGUCCCACCAGGCGGCCACCGGUCCCUUGGCGCUGACUGGACCGCGAGGGGCGCACCGUCGCCCAAAGGCAGCGCCUGGCUCGCGGCCCCGAAUUGGUUGCGCGCGACGGGCGCGGGACGCUGCACAGGGAGGAAGCCAGAGGGGCCGCCUUCCCCUCGGAGUUGGAAGCGCCUUUACGGGGUUCAAAAUGCCCAAGAAGAAGCCGACGCCCAUUCAGCUGAACCCGGCCCCAGACGGCUCCGCGGUUAACGGGACCAGCUCGGCGGAGACCAACCUGGAGGCUUUGCAGAAGAAGCUGGAGGAGCUGGAGCUCGAUGAGCAGCAGCGGAAGCGCCUUGAGGCCUUUCUUACCCAGAAGCAGAAGGUGGGGGAACUGAAGGAUGAUGACUUUGAGAAGAUCAGUGAGCUGGGUGCUGGCAAUGGUGGUGUGGUGUUCAAGGUCUCCCACAAGCCAUCCGGCCUGGUUAUGGCCAGAAAGCUAAUUCACCUGGAGAUCAAACCUGCGAUCCGGAACCAGAUUAUAAGGGAGCUGCAGGUUCUACAUGAAUGUAACUCCCCAUACAUUGUGGGCUUCUAUGGUGCAUUUUACAGCGAUGGCGAGAUCAGCAUCUGCAUGGAGCACAUGGAUGGGGGUUCCUUGGAUCAAGUCCUGAAGAAAGCUGGAAGAAUUCCAGAACAAAUUUUAGGAAAAGUUAGCAUUGCUGUAAUAAAAGGCCUGACAUAUCUGAGGGAGAAGCACAAGAUUAUGCAUAGAGAUGUCAAGCCUUCCAACAUCCUAGUGAACUCCCGUGGGGAGAUCAAGCUCUGUGACUUUGGGGUCAGUGGGCAGCUCAUCGACUCCAUGGCCAACUCCUUCGUGGGCACAAGGUCCUACAUGUCGCCAGAAAGACUCCAGGGGACUCAUUACUCAGUGCAGUCGGACAUCUGGAGCAUGGGGCUCUCUCUGGUGGAGAUGGCGAUUGGGAGGUAUCCCAUCCCUCCUCCAGAUGCCAAGGAGCUGGAGCUGAUGUUUGGGUGCCAAGUGGAGGGAGAUGCGGCUGAGACACCACCCAGGCCAAGGACCCCUGGGAGGCCCCUUAGCUCUUAUGGAAUGGACAGCCGACCUCCCAUGGCAAUUUUUGAGUUGUUGGAUUACAUAGUCAAUGAGCCUCCUCCGAAACUGCCCAGUGGAGUAUUCAGUCUGGAAUUUCAAGAUUUUGUGAAUAAGUGCUUAAUAAAAAACCCUGCAGAGAGAGCAGAUUUGAAGCAACUCAUGGUUCAUGCUUUUAUCAAGAGAUCUGAUGCUGAGGAAGUGGAUUUUGCAGGUUGGCUCUGCUCCACCAUUGGCCUUAACCAGCCCAGCACACCAACCCACGCAGCUGGUGUCUAAGUGUUUGGGAAACAGCAAAGAGCAAGUCCCCUGCCCAGUGGCGUGUCACGUUGCUUUUGGGCCUAUUUCCCAUGCCUCUGUUCAGACAUGCAUUUUACAUAUGACAAAGGAUGAAGAACACAGCAUGUGCCAAAAUCCUAUUCGUGUCAUUUUUAAUACAACUGUCUUUAUUCUUAUUAUUAUUCCCCUAAGUGGAUUGGCUUUGUGCUUGGGGCUAUUUUUGUGUAUGUUGAUGAUCAAAUCAUGCGCAACAUUGAAUUACAGUGAAACUUUGGUGACUGUGGGUAGUCAUUUUUACUUAAAAUUGCACUGCUCUCCCCUCACCGUGAUUGGCUGGCCAGCCACCUGUAUUUUGGGGAUUCUUUGACACUUGGUGGUACUUCAUUCUUGCCAGGCGUACUUUCUCUACUUGAGGAAGGAGCCUUGUAAGAUCCUUCACAGGCAGUGCAUGUGAAGCAUGCUUUGCUGCUAUGAAAAUGAGCAUCAGAAAGUGUAUAUCAUGUUAUUUUAUUAUGUUUUUGCCUUUGGUGUAGAAUUCAGCAAUUUCCAUCAAAAUCCAGUCAGAGCCCUUCACUGCCAUGAUAAUUGGGGCUUCACCAGUCUAUCUACUCUGAUGAUUUGUAGACUUCUGGUUGUAUUUCUAUAUUUAUUUUUAAAUAUUCUGUGUGGGAUAUUUAGUGGUAUAUGUCUCUUUAAGUUAGGAUUAGUGUUUCUAAAAUGGUGGAGUUACUUUGAACAUUACAAGUGUAUCAAGGCAUUAAAAUGUAUGAGAUUUAUCUUUCCCCAAAUCCAAAUACUGAUGCUAUUGUAAACAACAGUGUGUAUAGUGCCUAAAAAUUGUAUGGAAAUCCUUUCAACAACUUUAAUCCAAAUGUUUAACAAAUCUAAUCUCUUAUUCUAAUAAAUAUACUACCAAGUUAAAAGGCUGAAAGAUAUUUCUACUUUUGAGUUAGGAUAUUCAGUGUUUCUAAUACACAAGAA